AAAAUCUAAACACAGUUCAAGGUUAUAACGUGAUGUAGCUACCUGUCAAAUUAGUAAAUAAAUAAUUAAAAAAGAAAUAUUUGUUUCCAACGGUCAUGAGUGGAAAUAGCUAUGGUGGUUAUUAUUACUCCCCGAGUACCCAAAAUUUUCCAGUGGAUCCAAAUCAAACUUGGAGCGAGUGGUCAUUAGAGCAGCAGCAAUAUAAUAAUAACGUACGAAACACGAUACAACACCACAAUAGUCCAUUAAACCACACGAACAAUCAUUCAAAUGCUUAUGGAGCACCUAAUAGAGCUCAGAACUUCUAUAAUCCAAAUACCAGACAUUUCCAGCAGAGACGGUUUAACAUUUCGAAUCAAUCAUUUGCGGGAAGUCAGCAAUCUUCUUGGCAGAGAAAUAGUUACAACAAAAGGUCACGACCACAGGACUCACCAGGUGAUAAUGGAGAACCUAAAAGUAAGUCAUCGAAAAAGAAGAAAAAGCCCUUGUCACAAAAUGUACCUAGUAAGAAAGACUGGACCCUUGAAGAGGCCGAAUUGGCGUUAUCAGUGGAGAAAGAGUAUAACAAGCGUUACAAAAAUCAUUCAUUAAUUAUUAAGUUUCCUGACCAAGAACUAAAUAGAGACAUUGUUUCUAAAUUCCAUCCGAGUAUAGAAAACGUGCAUUUUCAGCAGCCAUCAACACCCAGGUUUUGUUUUGUAACACUCCAGGAAACAGCUGAUGCUGACGCCGUUAUAACUGCCUUGAAUAAAAUAAAGUUUGGUGAAGGGUACCUGACAGCUGAGUAUAAAAAAGAUCGCGAAGAAGAUCAAAAUAUUGGCCCUGAAGACAUCGACCCCUGCACUUUGUAUGUUGGCAAUCUUGCUCAAGAAAUUACAAAAGAAGAUAUGGUGAAAACUUAUCCUAAAGGACGUCGAAUAGACAUUGGAUAUGCAAAGAAAAUGAAAUAUACACGCUAUGCUUUUGUCUCAUUUAAAAACGUCAGUGAUUCAGUAGAGGCCUUUAAAAAAACGCACAGCACGCAAAUGUACUCAAAAAGUUUAAUUGUUAGGUUCAGAAGGUUGCACGGCACUGUUGGUAUGCCUGGAGAGUCUAAACCACAAAGUCCUGCCAAAAAAUCGGAUACAAAUACGCCAGAACCUACAAAUAAUGAACGAUCUGAGCACAGUAACAGUACAACCACUGAGUUGCCUGAGCUUCAAAGUAGCAGAGCUAGUGAUACACAUUCAGAGGUAGAUUUGAGUGUAGUGAAGCAAGAAGUUAAUAGUUCAGAUGAUGAAAUAAGUGUAGAACAUAAAUCACUAUCUAAACGUUAUGAAUCACCAUUCAUGCCAGGUUCCAUUAAUGUAGCUUUUGAGCAGCACAGACCUAUUAAAAAAGAAAAAAGAGAAGUUGGAGAUGUCGGCGAUUUACUAUAUGGACAAAAUGAUGUCAGUAGUGAAAGAAUGAACUCUUUCCUUGGUAGCACAUCACAGACACAACCGAAUGGUUCAAAAAUGUCGAUAAAAACUGAACCACAAAGCAAUACAGCAACAACUGUAAAAAGUGAACGCAAUGAUGAAGAUGAUUCUUCUGAUGAUGAUGAAGGUGGUGGUGGAUUAAGUGAUGUGAAUUUCAGCAGUCUUUUGAAUCAGCUAGAUCAUCAUUCCAGUCAGAUUGAAACUUUGCGUAAGUGGGCCCCUUAAUUUUUAUUUAUUAUGUAUGUAUGUUUUUAUGUAAUGAAUAGGUUGUCUACUGUAAUUUUAAUAAACAUAUUGUGGUAUUA